UAAAGCUUAUGAUAAUUCAGUUGAUUUUCGGCAUUCGUUCGGAGUCGAAGAGCAAAGUAACGGUGUAGUUUUGUUUUUCUCGUUGCGUUUUAUUUGCCUUUUUACGCGGAAGACUUUUGUUCGCCUGGUUUUGCAAAUAGAAAUAAAACCGAUUGCCAACCGUAUUAUAUACAUGUGAAAAACGUACAUCAAAAACAAUGCUGGCAGAGAGAUUCGCUGUUUGUACAUAAAUUUUCACAUUUCCGACAAGCAAAUAGGACGUCUGCUAAGCAUUUUGAACUUUUCGACAAACAAUCGAUAAAGGAAUUUAAACGAAACGAAAAACAACAUUUAUUUAUUAUUUCAACGGAUAGAAACAGAGACGUUUCAAUUCAAUUUAUUUUGUGCUAUAUGGCAAUGCAGCAUUUAAAAAUUCGACAAAACGAUAGAAAAUAACAGUUGGAAAAAGUAUUGCAUUUGUGUGAAAACAAAGUUGUAUUUUCAAAAGAUAAAGCGAUCACACAAUCUGCGUCAAAAUAAAAAAUAAAACAGAAAAUCACAUCAUCAUUGUCAUUGUCAUCGUCAUUGGAUAUCCCAUUCGCAAAUAGCUUUUUCCGACUUCUUGGCCAAGGAGCGACGGUUAUCAUUACUUUUAGUGACUGAAUCGAUGCGUAAAUCUUGAUAGACGCGCAAGUGGACACAGAGAUUGCUUAUCUUCAAGGUUAAAUUCAUAAACUCUUCCUCUUGUUUGUUUGGAAGAGAACGAGCGACAGCCGAGUUGGCAAAGAAAUAAAAAGAGAAAUUAUAGAUGGACGAAAUGGCACAUAAUAAAGAUGAAGAAGCCGACGAAGAGCUAUUGGGGCAAUUGAAAGUAUUCGAUGAGAUAAAAAAACGUUCAACGUUUCGGCAUCGAUUGUGCAGCUGGUGGAAAUCGUUGAAGUUACGUUCUGCAUUCGGACACAUUGGCUUGAUGAUAUCGCUUUCGAUUUAUUGUGUAGUCGGGGGUGUUAUUUUUCGUUCGCUUGAAGCACCAGCCGAAGAAGACCGGGCACACAAAUUACAUACGAAUGUAAUAAUGGAACGUGAUUACUUGAUCGGCAAUCUAACGAGUCUGGCAAACAUGACCGAUUUACGAAAUCGAAAUCUAAAUCGUGUGAUAACGUAUCAUUUGGAAAAAUAUGAAAGAGUAGCACAAGAUGCAGUACAGGGAGGAGUAACACUCGGCAGUAAUGAGACACUUCCCUAUACACAAAAAUGGACUAUUGUACAGGCGAUAUUCUUCUCAUCGACCAUUCUAACGACAAUAGGGUACGGAAACUUGUAUCCAACUACAACCAGUGGCAGAGGAUUCUGUAUGUUAUUCGCAUUAAUCGGAAUACCAUUUACACUCACCGUUAUCGCCGACUUGGGUCGAGUUUUUGCUACAGCUGUAUCGGCCCUUGGAAAAAAACUACCAUCACUCACCAAAUGCUUUAAAGUCGAUACGGAUUCAACGUCGUCGGACAAAAAAUGGUUGUAUGCAUUGGCUUCGGUAUUCUUCUUGGGCUUUUAUUUGGCAUGCGGCGCUCUAAUGCUGCAAAUGUGGGAAGAGAAAUGGGGAUUUUUCGAAGGGUUUUACUUUUGCUUCAUAACGAUGACAACGAUUGGAUUGGGCGAUCUGGUGCCUCAAAAAGCCGAUUAUAUGCUGCUUUGUACUUUGUACAUUCUCUUGGGUUUGGCGUUGACUAGUACUAUUAUUGAACUGGUGCGGAGACAAUACAAUGAGAGUUGGAAAAAAAUACAGGAGAUGUCCUUAGCGGAUACGCUUCGACGCAUGCAAUUGGGCGGCGACGUAUCGGCCCUACAGAACGAUAUUAAACGCAUACUCACGGUUUCGCGACGCGGAGCAAUUUCAGACAAAGGAAGAGAUGACGUCGAUGACCAAGAAAUUGCAGCCUUGGCUGGCGUGAUCAUGGAAGAAGUGAAAAAAUCACAAAUCAAAAAUAAACACAAUAUUAUUCAAAUAGUUAUCUAUGAGUCGUCCGUUUAAAAACGUGUGCCAUACAAAGUAAAAAUGUCAAAAACACACACACACACACGAUAUUACUAUUAAAUAGAAAAUCUAUACAAGUUUACAAGAAGCCGUACUUGAAAUGCGCUACGAAAGCGCUAUUUAUAAAUGACGCAUUUGGAAUUCGGUGUAGAUGCCGCAAACAAAAAACGAAUACAGCACAAAAACCAUUAAUGAUCAAAUGAAAUGAAUCAACUUAUGAAAAGAUUUUGAAACACACAAAAAGAAGUGAAACAAACACAUUACAAUACGCAUUCAGCAUUUCUAUUUUAUGAGGAUAGUUUCAUAUAUUUGGUUUCUGUUUGAACGGGUAUCAAACUUUUUUUUUAUAUAUACAUACAUUGUCCGUAACACGUGUUAAAACUUAAGCAUUAUUCAUAAAUUCAUUUCACAAUUUACAUAUGCCAAAGUCGGUCAGCCGCAAUAAAUUGCCAUUUAUAUAGUUGGGUUUAUAUAGUAGUUCUAUCUAACAUUUUAUAGGCAAAUGUUUAUCUGUUUUAAUGUUGUACACUGAGAAUAAAUCGAUUCAAUCACCUAUUAUAAUUGUUGGAUCUGUUUCUAAUUGAUUUCAAUUAUAUUUUAACGCUUCAUGUCUCGGCUUAACUCGAUUUGAACAAUAUGUAUCGUUGUAUGAAUAAAACUUGCA